AUGGCAUGCAUUCUUUGCGGCAAAACACCAUCAGUGAAGUAUGAGGUUAAUGGUCACACUUACAAUACCGGGUACUAUUUAGCAGACGGAAUAUAUCCUCCACUUGCCACACUUGUGCAAACGAUAGCGUCGCCCGUUGGCCAAAAGCGCAAGUACUUCGCAGAAAGGCAAGAGUCAACUAGAAAAGAUGUGGAACGCGCCUUCGGUGUGUUGAUGGCACGGUUUGCCAUUAUAAAAAAUCCGGCUAGGUUGUGGAAUAAAGAGGAUUUGAAAUCUAUUAUGCGCACCUGUAUAAUUCUUCAUAAUAUGAUCAUUGAAGAUGAACGGGAAGAUUUAACGUCAUACGAUAUAGAGGAAAGCAAUGUUCAUGAAGUAGUGAGACCAGUUGAUGAUUUUACAGCGUUUCUGGGUCGAUACAGAGAAGUACAUAACACCAGCCUUCAUCAUCAACUACAGAAUGACCUGAUUGAGCAUCUUUGGAAUAUGAAAGGGGAUGAAGAGUAG